AAUUUGUCGCUGUGUUUGUCGGAAAAACAUAACGAAGGUCUACACGUCGCCGAAUUAACGUGUCGAUACGAAAAAAAAUAUAUCGUGAGUGGUGGGUAGGGGAUGAAAAUUAACGCGAAGUCCGACGCAAUUGCGCACCGUUUUUCGUCAGCGUGACAUACGAGCACGCACUUCUUAGAAUGACGACCCCUCCUUUUUAAAAAUAAUAUUGCAUAUAAUUGUUUUUCAUUAUCGAUAUAGCUGUUGAUAUGAUGUUGACGUCAAAAUGUCAAACUGUAUGCAUUUGUAAACAACUUGGUCUGCUGUACUGAAUGUUGAAAUUUGUCGCGAGAGAGAUGAAGUCUGUAAAUGGUGUAACUAAGGAGCUACAGGAUGCAGCGUUUGGGAAUUCAAACCGUUCGCACUGGCAGAGCUCUCCUGGGAAGUAGGUCGUACACCACUGCACCUGCACAGGAGCGAGUGGUGUCUGCUGCCUUCAAGGUUCAGGAUAAUAAGGAUUUCCAUGAACGUGUGAUGAAUUCCAAAGUGCCUGUUAUUGUAGACUUCUUUGCCACAUGGUGUAAUCCAUGUCGCAUGCUGACCCCAAGAAUAGAAACAGUUGUUGCCGAGAAACAAGGGAAGAUACUAUUAGCUAAAGUUGAUAUCGAUGAGAACACAGAUCUUGCCCUCGAUUAUGAAGUCGGAUCUGUACCUGUGCUCAUCGCUAUGAAAGAUGGAAAAGUUUUGGAAAGAAUAGUUGGUCUUCAAGACACUGAUAAACUCAGACAAUUUGUUAACAAGUACGCGGAGUAGGGUAGCUAAAAAUUAUUAUGUAAAUUACCGCCGUGAUUUUAGUUUUUGUUGAUCUUUGUAUAGAGAGAAUUUUUACACAGCGCCUCGAAAUCUGUAAUUAUCUGUUUAUAGUAAAUUUUUCUUAGUUAUUAUGAGUAAAUGUAUCCUGAUGUAUAUGCAUAUAACAUUAUGCAGGUAAGAUUUCUCUCGACAUGCAGAUUUAAUAAAAAAAAGUUGUUAUCGAUGAAAA